CUAUCCCCAAAUUCCCAUUUUGACGCAUCAAAUGCCCCGAAAAUGCAGAUUGUACAAGUGCUGCACGAUCCAUCAAAAUCUUAGUUGAACAUACACUAGACACAAUUUUGUAGAGAACGUUGGCGAUCAAAGCCGGUCAAUGUCGAAGGGUUUUGGCCGGCAAAUCCACGAAAAUGAACCUCUCAAAGCCCUUGAAUUCUACAGUGGCAUCGGCGGCAUGAGAUAUUCCCUAAUGAGAGCUGGGGUUAAUGCUCAAAUUGUUGAAGCUUUUGAGAUUAAUGAUGUUGCAAAUGAUGUUUACCAGCAUAAUUUUGGUCAUCGCCCAUUUCAGGGUAAUAUUCAGAGCUUGACUGCAGCUGAUCUUAACAAAUAUCAAGCAGAUGCUUGGCUCCUUUCCCCACCAUGUCAACCUUAUACGAGACAAGGCCUUCAGAAGGACUCAAGUGAUGCUCGCUCUUUUUCGUUCCUUAACAUUCUCGAGCUAAUACCUCAGCUGUCCUUUGCUCCGUUCAUGCUUUUUGUGGAAAAUGUUGUGGGUUUUGAGAUAUCUAACACUCAUAACAAGAUGGUUGAAGUGUUGACAAAAACUGGUUAUCUUAUUCAGGAGUUUAUUCUAAGCCCGUUGCAAUUCGGGGUACCAUACUCAAGGCCACGCUACUUUUGUUUGGCGAAAAGGAGACCAUCGUGUUUUAAAUAUUCAAGAUUUAAUAAUCUACUUCUUUACAUUCCAAGCCCAUUGUUUGGAAAUGAUGAUGAGUUGACAAGCAAUGCACCUGAGCAAUCACCGGAAAUUUCGGAAAGUAUGAUUGUGUCCUGUAAGCCAGUACAGAUGUUUCUUGAAUUUGACAAUUGCACUAAUCAAAUUGCAACAGAAGCCAAAAGUUCUGAAUGUGCAAGUUGUUCUCCCUCUAUAUCUGAAUCUGUGGAAAGGUGGGACAAGAAGAUUGGAUCUGAUGGCAACACAUUUGAUCACUAUUUUGUGCCAUUAAGCUUGAUCGAGAGGUGGGGAAGUGCAAUGGAUAUUGUAUAUCCAGAUUCAAAGAGAUGCUGUUGCUUUACGAAGAGUUAUUAUCGUUAUGUAAAGGGUACUGGCUCCCUUUUGGCAACAAUUCAACCGAAGUUGAAAGGUAAAGAGUCACCGUUGCAGAACCAGGGUCUUAGAUAUUUUACACCAAGAGAGGUUGCCAAUCUGCAAUCUUUCCCAAAGGAGUUUUGCUUUCCCGAGCAUGUAAGCCUUAAGCAGCGCUAUGCUCUGCUUGGUAACAGUUUAAGCAUAGCAGUGGUUGCUCCGCUGAUCAAGUAUUUGUUUGCGGAGCCAUCUUGAUGAUCCACUACGGUAACACCACCCUGGUCAGCCGCACACACCAUCUGCGUCAUCCAGCCUUGGCAUAGGAACAAGAUGUAAAAUUAAAUCAGUUGGACAUGGCACGAUGACUGUAUUACAAACGGAAGCAUGCCAAAAGAUCAGCUAUGUUGACGUAGAUUUAGCAAGCCAUUUGUUGACGUAGAUUUCUUGAAGAUCAGCUAUGAAAAUGCCUUGUACCUCUUUUUUUUUUUUUCCUACUGUCUUAACCUAAAGUAUGAGGAUACACAAAGAUAUACUCUUUGUUCUAUGUAGAAAUUGAUAUAAAAUGUUGAAGUGUGCUAUCCCAAUGAGCAACAUAUGAAUUAAAGUUCAUUAAUGGAUUGCCCGUUAACUCCUUAAGUUCGGUCCAUCUGUUGAUUAAAAUGGAGAAAGAUUGAAUUAUAUUCUGUUGCUUUUUUCAA